AUGGAGGCUAUAAAGGGAGCGUCUGCUCCCGUCAUCCUCGCGGUGCUGCUCGUCGUUACUGUGGCCUUGCAGCGGCUCCUUCGCGUCGACCAUGAUCCCCGCGAACCACCUCUGGUCCCCACCAAGAUCCCACUACUCGGUCAUGUGAUCGGCUUGUACAGAUUUGGGAAGCAAUACUACCAAAAAUUAGAAGACAAAUAUGGCCACGACAUCUACACGCUCGCCCUCCCUGGCAUGAAGCAGUAUGUUAUCACCAGCCCGGCCCUCGCCGCUGCCGUCAACCGCCAGGCCAAGCUCAUCUCCUUCCGGCCCUUCAUCAUCAACUUCGGGCGCACGCUGAUGCUCUUCGACGACGAAACGCACGCCAUCAACGAGAAGAACCUCUUCGACGAAGACGGCCAGGGUGUCAUCUCGGCCAACCAUGACGUCUUCUACAACAACCUGCCAAGCGGGCCGGUCCUGGACGACAUCUGCAGAGUGCUGCUGGAUGAGGCUGCCGCCAUCUUCAAUAAACUCUCUCCCGGCGGCGGCACCACCUCCGGCAGCGGAGAGAUCCGCAUGGGCUUAGCCGACUUCUGCAAGGACGUCAUUGGCUUCCCGACGCUGAACGCCUUCUGGGGGCCCGACAACAUCCUCGCGCGGGACCCUACGCUCCUUGCGGCCUUCUGGGACAUGGACGCCGGCCAAAUUCCGCUCGGUAUCGGAAUUCUGCCCUCGCUGCUGGCCCGCAAGGCCAACAUUGGACGCACCCGCCUGCAGCAGGCCAUGACCGAGUACUACGAAAGCGGCGCGUGGCUCAAGGCCUCGGAGCUCGUGCGGCAGCGCGCGCAGGCCCACUUCGACCACGGCUACACGAAGCCCAUGUUCGCCCGCUCCGACACGGGCCUGCUCGUCGGCGCCCUGCCCAACUCGACCUUCACCCUCUUCUGGCUGCUCGUCCGCCUCUUCGCCGACCGCGACCUGCUGCUCGCCAUCCGCGCCGAGCUCACCACCUCAGGCGCCCUGGUCCGCGGCGACGACAACAAGGCCGUCAUCGACGUCGCGGCCCUACGCGCCCGCUGCCCACUCUUCGCCUCGGCUUUCCGCGAGACGGUCCGCCUGGCCAUGCCGACGUCGUCGGUGCGCGCCGUGCGCGAGGACGUGCUGCUCGCGGACCGCUACCUGCUGCGCAAGGACUCGCUCGUCAUGAUCGAGGCCGGCGUCAUGCACACCAAGCCCGCCCUCUGGGGCCGCGACGCCGCCGAUUUCAACCCGCGCCGCUUCCUCGAGAGCCAGGCCGGCGAGUUCACCGAUUCCAAGGGCCGCAAAGUCCACCCGGCCGCCUUCCGCGGCUUCGGCGGCGGCGAGGUCUUCUGUCCCGGCCGCAACCUCGCCCUCAUCGAAGUCACCGGCAUCGCCGUGCCGAUGCUGUGCGGCUGGGAGAGCGUCGACGACAUACGCGUGCCGCAGCCGCAGGAUGAUAUUAUGCCGGUUGGUGUGUGGAAGCCGAGGGAGGAUGUGCCGGUGAGGUUGAGGCGGAGAGAGGGGUGGGAAGGGGUGAAGUGGGAGUAUAAGCUCUGA